CGCUUCUGGCUUUUGUGUUCUGGUUCUCGUUUGUCGUUUCUCGCUCCUGCUCUAAUAGAUACAAAUUAUACUUCUUCAAAUAUAUAAAAAUUAUAAAUUAGUUAAUCGUCGUUCGAUUGUAGCUGUAGGCACUUGAGUUGAGGGUGGCUGUCGUGAAUCAUCAACUGUUUCCUUUCUUAGUACCUAGUGGAUAAGAUAUUCAGUUUUUCCAGGGUGUUUCUGUGCAUUUCCUGACAAAAUAACACUUAAUUAAAGUCAUUUUCAUCAAAUAGUGAUUUUUUUUCCAUUCUCCAACCAAGAUGUCGAUUAAUUUACGUACGAUUUAUGCAUUUGCUCGGGAAAUGUAUCCGAAGAACAGCACCGAGAAAAUACAGUACGGAACUGCUGGAUUUCGUGGAAAGGCUGAAUACCUAGAUAGCGUUAUGUUUAGGAUGGGAGUCUUGGCGACAUUGAGAUCACGUUUAAGAAACGGUGCAGUCAUUGGUGUAAUGAUAACUGCCUCUCACAAUCCUGAACCUGACAAUGGGGUCAAGUUGAUCGAUCCCAAAGGAGAAAUGCUUGAAGAGAGUUGGGAGAAGAUAGCAACUGAUCUGGUCAAUGUUAGUGAUCAAGAACUUGAAGUUGAGGUGGGAAAGAUUAUUAAAGAAAAUAACAUCGAUGUUGGAUCUUCUUCGCAUGUGUAUGUCGGUAUGGAUAAUCGCUAUCAUAGUCCAAGGCUAUUAAAGGCAGUAGCUGAUGGAGUUAUAGCCGUUAAGGGAAACGUGAAAGAGUUUGGCAUCGUAACAACACCAAUGAUGCAUUAUUUUGUUGUUGGUGCAAACACAAAAUGUGCCUAUGGGUUACCAACCGAAGAAGGUUACUAUACCAAGCUUAUCAAAGCAUUUGAAACUGUACGAGGUGAUAAACUAGAAAACUUGAACUACAAAAAUAGGCUCUUGUUUGAUGGCGCCAACGGUGUGGGAGCCAGAAAAAUGUUACAAUUUUUGAAACGAAUGAAGAAUUCUCUAAAUGUUGAAGUUUUUAAUAGUGGUAAUGGGAAAAUUAACCACGAAUGUGGUGCUGAUCACGUUAAAGUCAAGCAGUGUUGCCCGAUAGGCAUGCCCACUGAUGAGCCAAAUGUAAGAUGUGUGAGUGUUGAUGGUGAUGCUGAUCGUAUAGUUUAUUUCUUUACCGACGAAGAAGGUGAGUUCCACCUUCUGGAUGGAGACAGGAUUGCGACUCUUAUAGCCGAUUACCUAAUAAACUCGGUCAAGAAGUGCGGAUUGGAACUAUCUAUGGGGCUUGUUCAAACAGCCUAUGCCAACGGUGCUUCUACUGAUUACAUUAAGAACGACCUUAAAGUACCAGUUGCUUGUGUGCCAACUGGUGUGAAACAUUUACAUCACAAGGCACUUGAUUACGAUAUAGGUGUUUAUUUUGAAGCAAAUGGACAUGGUACAAUAGUCUUCAGUGAAAAGGCUAAAACAACAAUUAAAAAGGCUGCUGCCGAGAACAAUGACAACGAAAAUGCAAAAAUAUUACUCAAUGUUAUAGAUCUCAUAAAUGAAACUGUUGGCGAUGCUAUUUCGGAUAUGUUGUUGGUUGAGACAAUCCUUCAUGCUAAGGGUUGGGAUGUCAAAGACUGGCUUCGUACCUAUUCAGACCUUCCCAAUUUACAACUCAAGGUUAAAGUUCAAGAUCGCAAUGUCAUCACAACAACAGAUGCCGAAAGAGUUUGUGUUACCCCUGUUGGUUUGCAAGAUGAAAUAGACAAAGUUGUUGCUAACUACAAAAGAGGACGCGCAUUUGUUCGGCCUUCAGGAACGGAAGAUAUUAUCCGAGUGUAUGCAGAGGCAUCUACAAAAGAGGACGUUGAUAAUCUAGCAUACCAAGUAAGCGGGCUUGUUUAUAAAAUGGCUGGUGGUAUAGGCCCUGAACCUUUAGAACCUGCUGUUAAAAUCAAUUCUCACAUCUAAGUGUUUGCCAAGUUUGCUUUAUUGAUUUUGCAGUCUUCGAAUAUAAGUAAUUAAUGUUUAAAAUCACAUAGAGAAUUUAUUUUAUACCAUAUUUAUAUUUGUGUAGUGUCUAGAUAGGUAUAAAGCACGUUUACUUAUUUGCUACAUUCCACUGCCGUUUUUUUUAAAAUGUUUGAAGUGUAGCUAUUGCUGUUGAAAUAAUAAAAUACAUAUAUAUAUCAGAAAAUAUUAAAUCGAAGUCAACCAAAAUCGUUAAGAAGAAAUUAUUUUUUUUGUUUAUUACGUGCCUUAUCCCAUCUCUUUUAAAAUAGAAAUCUAAUAAAAACAUUACUCUUUUUUUAAACUCAA